AUUAAAAAUCCACUUGGCUCAAAAAUCUGAGGGGGCCUAACUUUGAAAGAGCAUGACGCCUUCUUAUGUACUCUUUUGCUUGUACCAAAUCUAAUUUCGCAACUUUAUGACCCUUCUUGGUAUAAUCAAGACAUCUUGAUAAAUUUAUUGCAGCAUUCCAACAAAACAUAAUCACUGAGUUUGUACUCUGAUAACAACAUUCAACUUCCUUCAUUUCACAUCCUUAUUCCUUCUGGACCUCUUGUGAAUUUUUUUCACAGUGUAAUUUAUGGCAAUAAGAAGGGGAACGACACAAAGCACAAGGGGUUCAGUUCCUGAAAAUGUAAGAACCUUAAAAUGAAAGCAAGGUUUUGAAUCAACAUUACAGAUGAUACUGCUUUGUGAUUAUUUGGUCUGCAUUUACUUGGAAUUGUUUAAAGGAAUACCGAAGCUAAGAAAAGUCAACUGGAUGAUAAACUCCAUUUAAGUGACCAUAUCAGGGUGAAUCUCAAAAUGUCUGUGAGAGAACAUGUUUUGUGCUUCAAUAAAUACUGUAGUUUGACCUCAUGCCUGCUUUACUGCUGUAUUUUCAUUAAUCUUGUAAAUGGAUACUCAGUAAAGAACUGCACUGUCAGAGGGUCUUUGAAAUAUGCACAAAACAUAAAUGUGUUUUGUGAUAAGAGGUCCCUGCAUUUCGUACCAGAUAAUAUACCGGACAAAGCCACAUAUUUGGACAUUUCUAACAAUGUCAUACAGAAGAUAAUCAAGGAGUAUUUCUCUCAACUGUCUAAUCUUAAAAGUCUUAAUGCACUACACAAUAAGAUCCGGGAAGUGGAGGAAGGAGCAUUCAGCAGUUUGGUGGCUUUGCAGGAGUUAAAUCUGGCCUACAACAAACUGACAAAUAUCCUGGGAGGAAUGUUUCAGAAUCUGCGAAAUCUCACUGUCUUACAUCUAAAUGAAAACUUGAUCACAAAUAUCAACUUCUCUGCAUUUUCACCCCUGAUCAGUUUAAGAAAAGUAAAUCUGUCCAGAAAUCAUCUGAAGAAAAUUGGCAAAGUUCAGCCGCUCUUUUUAUUACCACAAUUACAGGAAGUGCACAUUGGGAGUAAUGGCUUCACCUCUUUUCAGACCUCGGAGCUGUCCAACAUAUCUUUGAGACUGCAAGUCCUGGAUUUAUUUCAAAAUCCUUUGAAAGUGUUCAGUAUCACUGCAGAUAUUUUCCCUCACCUUGAUAAUUUGGUCUUGGCUUUUAUUACUGAAAACAUGACAUGGGAUGUGCAGGACAAAAGAUAUCUACAAAGUGUGAAACAUCUCAAUUUAAGUGGAAUACAAUUGCCCCUGGAGAAGAUCACAGCUCUUCUACAAACCUUCAACUCUUCUUUGGUCAGCCUGAGGCUGCACUUUCUGGGGGAUAUAAAAGUGAGAGCUUUGAUAAGGGACGUCUGUCUGAUUUCACCGUUGAAAUUUCUAGGCUUGCAGUGGAACAACAUUACAGCCAUAUCAAAAGACGAGAUGCAGUUCUGCACACAGUUAACUGAGCUUGAUCUCUCCAAUAACAAACUAUACAGUGUCCCUGCUGUCGUCAGCAGCCUACCAGGUCUUCGUUUUUUGGACCUCACCUUCAACAAUAUAAAGAACAUUAGUAGUGUCGAUUUUGCUAACUUAACCCAAUUACGGACCCUUCAGAUUUAUAGCAAUGUAAUAUCUUUUAUUGAGGAAUUUGCUUUUAAAGAUCUGAAAAACAUAAAAACUCUAAUGAUUGGAUCUAACAGACUCUCUCUCAACAGAUAUUUUAAAAAAGAUCUUCAAAAACUUGAGAUUUUGGAUCUAGCAAAUAACAAGCUGGACUCUGUCCGUAGGGGACAUUUUGACUCCUUAAAUUCACUGAAGAAUUUGUCUCUACCAGACAAUCAAAUAUCAUUUAUCGAAGCGGGGUCCUUCAGUGGACUGACAAAUUUAAUUUUCCUGAAUUUGCAAUCAAACAAACUUUCUCAGAGUUCAAUAAAAGCUUCCGUGUUCUCCAGACUCCCAAACCUGAAAACACUUCUGUUGAACAAUAACUAUAUUUCAUAUGACAGUCAAGAGCCUCUUGAACAACCACCCUUUCAAUAUCUGAGAAAGCUGAAGACUCUGAACAUUUUUAGCCAAGCUCAUAAAGGAAUGCUUUAUUUACCUUCAAACCUUUUCAUGGGACUGUGGAAUUUGGAAGAACUUCAAGCAGAGAAUCUAAAUAUAAAUUCUUUACACCCAGAUACAUUUACUCAUACUCCUUAUCUGUGGGUACUGGAUCUCAGCAGAAAUGAUUUUAUUUUACUCACAACAAAAAUAUUUCUGCCACUCCAGGUUCUCAAGACACUCCACCUGUCUAAAGUUGGCUUGCAAUCUUUGGACUUUCUCAUUAAUGCAAACCUCAGUAAACUACAUCUGUUGCAUGUAAGCAAGAAUGCCUUAUCAGUCAUUAAUGAGACAGUGAUCCAGUCUUUUCCAACACUGAUUUACCUUGAUCUACGAGGAAAUUAUCUCUCAUGUGACUGUACCAAUGCCUGGUUCAUCAACUGGACCAUUAGUAGCAAUGACACAGAAGUUGAAAGUGCUUAUGAACUCACAUGCAAUUACCCAGACAAACUCAAAGGACAUAAACUCUUGGAUCUUGAUAUAGGUUCAUGUAAUGUAGAUGUUGGGUUUUUCUGUUUCAUUUCCACUGCCACACUAGUCUCUGUGACACUUCUUGGUACUUUUCUCUUUCACUUCCUCAAAUGGCAGGUUAUUUAUGCUUACUACCUUUUCCUUGCUUUACUCCAUGAUAACAAACAGCAAAGAAAGCCCAAUGGUUUGCAGUAUGAUGCUUUUAUUUCCUAUAACGUUCAUGAUGAAUUGUGGGUAAUGAGGGAACUGUUACCUCAUUUGGAAGGCGAGCAAGGCUGGAAGUUGUGUCUGCAUCACAGGGACUUUGAACCAGGCAAACCUAUCAUGGAUAAUAUUGUUGAUGGCAUUUAUAGUAGUCGAAAAACCAUCUGUGUUAUUAGCCGUCACUACCUGGAAAGUGAGUGGUGUUCCAGAGAGAUCCAAAUUGCUAGUUUCCGUCUCUUUGAUGAGAAAAAAGAUGUUCUCAUCCUGGUAUUCCUGGAGAAUAUUCCAAGUCAUCAACUGUCUCCGUACUAUAGAAUGAAGAAACUAAUCCAGAGGAAGACAUAUCUCAGCUGGCCUAAACCAGGAGAGGACACCAGGGUCUUCUGGCAGAAACUGAGAGUAGCUCUGGAAACCAAAGGCAACUCAGAAUUGGAGCCUCCCAUUGGCUGGGAUUUAGGGGUCAACUAACUGUAUAUAACUGAAGAAAAUAUUCUGCAACUUUGUUGUUUACCUGCUUUUAUCUUUAUGUAUACCAUUUUUUUCCCUUCCUUCCUAGAGCAUGAUUGAUUGUAAUUAUUUCCUUUUGACCUAAUACAUGUAUUUGUGGUUAAAUCAGGGAUAAAUUAGUUUAUAACUUUUCAUUAACAGUAUAUUCUUAUUCAUUUGUUUUGACAUUGUACACAAUCUGGGUCAUCUUAAGUCGUAUCAUGACUAAUGUAUUGCUAAAACUGUAUAAAUGACAGACGUCUUUGAUGCAGAAGUGCAUGUCGAAUUACUCUACUCAAAAUCUUGCAUUAACAUGCCUGACAUACUGUUGUACAUUCAAACACUUAAUAUUUAAACAAUACACUAUGUUGAUUAUCAUUGUUGUUGAAUCGAUAUUGAAAUUAACCAAAAAAAAAAAAAAAGGUCAUGUUGUUGGAUCAUUUCAAUGUGAUGUUGAUUCUUAAUCACUUUUGUUGAAACACUGAAAACACAACUGAAAUGUCAACAUAAAACAAAUGUUGCCGUCUUAUGUACCAAAUUAAUGUUAAAACAACAUUCAUAUUUUGAUAAAUUCCUGACCAUUUCAAAGUUGGGGGAAAACUUUUAAAAUGAAAAUGACAUUUCCAGUCGCUUUAUUUAUUUAAACAGUUUAACACAAAUCAAUGACAAAAAUAAGAUAGGUCAAAAUGUAAAUAAUAAUAAUAAUAAAUAAAGUGGGACAAAAAGAACAAAAUGAUUGCAACCUUUAAAAUAAUUAGUUUCAGGAGUCUGAUGUCAGACUACAAGUGGUCCAAUGGUUCAAGUUUUAAAAAACAGGCUUACAUCAGAAUGCUGUCUCUUUUCCUUUGGGUUCUCUGAAAACUGAAAACAAACAUAUGAAGUCACCCAAGAGCAGGUCAAUUCAGUUCUCGUAUAUACAGUCACAUUC